GGAGACGACUCUCGCCUUCAGCAUUUCACUCUGCUUCCUUUCACAGUGAAUCAAUGGCGUCUUCUUCUCUAUCAACCCUUUGCAGCUCAGCUUCGUCUUCUCUACAUCCAAGCUCCAAGCUCUCACAUUCUCUUUCAGCUAAAUUAUCCUCUAAAGCAAAUGUUUCGGUUCAGUUUCUGGGAAAGAAACGGUCUCCACUUCUCUCUUCAUCCCCGAGGUUUCUCACUGUUAUCGCCAUGGCUCCACCUAAACCUGGAGGCAAAGCUAAAAAAGUUGUGGGGGUUAUCAAACUGGCUUUAGAGGCGGGGAAGGCAACUCCGGCACCACCGGUUGGUCCGGCGCUUGGUUCGAAGGGAGUUAACAUUAUGGCUUUUUGCAAGGAUUACAAUGCAAGAACCGCUGAUAAAGCUGGUUAUAUCAUUCCUGUUGAAAUCACUGUCUUCGAUGAUAAGAGCUUCACUUUUAUCCUCAAGACGCCGCCUGCGUCAGUUUUGUUGCUUAAAGCUGCAGGUGUUGAGAAGGGAUCAAAAGAUCCAAAGCAAGACAAAGUUGGGAUGAUAACAGUCGAUCAGCUGCGCACAAUUGCAGCAGAGAAGCUGCCCGACUUGAACUGCACGACCAUUGAAUCCGCUAUGAGAAUCAUUGCAGGAACUGCGGCUAACAUGGGGAUAGACAUUGACCCUCCGAUUCUUGAACCCAAAAAGAAAGCAGUUUUGUUGUAAAAGCCUGUAUGGUUAGUUUCUAUUCGAUAAUGCCUUAUUCGUUUCAAAAUGUAAUUUCCAACAUGAUGCUUAAGAGAGUUCAAUAUAAUGAUUAUUUUGCAUAAA